CUCCACAUGCGAGUAACAGAAGCCAUGGGAAUUCCUUUUCCUUUCUCCUUCCCUACUGCCAUUUGUCUCCUUCUAAUUCCUGGAGUUUUUCCAGUAUCCUGUGAGGGAAUUAUAGGAGGAAAUGAAGUGCCACCUUACACAAGACGCUACAUGGCUCUAAUCCAAGGGCUGCAAGUCUGUGCAGGGGCUUUGAUCAAAGAAAACUGGGUGCUGACAGCUGCUCACUGUGGCCUGAAGGGCAAUCCUCGAGUUAUUCUUGGGGCCCACUCUACAUCCCAUAAAGAGAAAUACGACCAAGUAUUUUCCAUUAAAAAGGCAAUUGCCUAUCCAUGCUUUGAUCCACAGACAUUUGAAGGGGAUCUUCAACUCCUUCAGCUGGAUGGUAAAGCAACUAUGACCAAAGCUGUAGGAAUACUUCAGCUACCGAAACCAGAAGACGACGUCAAACCCCGCACCAAGUGUCAAGUGGCAGGAUGGGGAAGCACCAAAAAAGACGCGUGCAAUAUUUCAAACGCCUUGAGAGAAGCCAACGUUACUGUGAUCGAUAGAAAAACAUGCAAUGAUGCCGAGCACUAUAAUUUUAAUCCAGUUGUUGAUCUCAGCAUGAUCUGUGCUGGCGGCAGAAAAGGGGAAGAUGAUUCAUGUGAAGGGGAUUCUGGGAGUCCUCUGAUAUGUGAUAAUGUUUUCAGAGGUGUCACUUCCUUUGGGAAGUGCGGUAACCCCCAGAAGCCUGGCGUCUACAUUCUCCUUACCAAAAAAUACCUCAACUGGAUAAAGAAAACCAUGGCAGGAACCAUAUAACAUUUCUUCUUCAAAGUAGAAAACUGAGGUAAGCCAAGUAAAGAGAGUUUUAACUUGACCUGUUUGAAGAAGCACCUCACAGCCCUCUUCACCGUGUGUACAAAUGACAGCCUGACUGAAAUAAAGUCGGCAAUGAAACAAAUGACCCCCUGCCUUCACUCUUCCACGAUUAGCUAAGACUGAUUCACCACGUGUUCUCUAUCCAUGACAAGAGAUGUCCCUUGAGAAAAAGUUUCCCAGUUCAGUGACUGUUUUAUUCAGAAAUCAAGGACUCUCACUUUUGUGUUCAUCCUUAAAAGGAAGUCAAUCUCAGGGAAAUUUAGAAUAUUCUUCUUCCAAAUGAAGCGCCAAAAUAUUUGUGGCCUUAGGAAUUUAGGGCCUGAUAUUCUAUUUCAUGUGGGAGUAGGAGAGAGAUAAAGAGGGAUUUUUCACGUCUUACUCUAUGCUUCUGUAUAGUUUAACUUUUUACAAAAAUUCUAAUUAUAAAUACAGUGAGAAAGACUCAGUGUGUGUUUUAGAUAGUUGGAAAAUUUGGAAUUUGAGGUUAGAGAUAGCUUAGGGCAAUUGCAUCACUUAUUAAUUACAAGUAGAUAAAAUUU